AUGAUAAUUUAUUUCAAACUACUACCUAAAAGUAAGAUGGUGAAUAGUGAACGCGGUCGCGUCAGGUCUUUUGCGGCGAGUAAAACGGAUCUGGAAAGAAUUAUCUUACGAUCGAACGCACGUCAUGAUAGUUUAGUAAAUUUAAGAACGCUUCACCAACAACAAAUCAAUAAUUCAGUUAACCAAUCAAGAGAACAGAAGAAGGAGCUCGCGAGGAAACAUAUUCUAGCUGAAAAAGGAAUUUUGGGACCGUGCAUUUUCCGUUCUUUAUUCGUUUUCGAUGUGGGCUCUUCAUUUAUGACCGAUAGCUUGCACAACAUUUAUAGUGGUGCCUUCAAGCGAAUGUUGAAGUUAUGGUUUGACCCAAAGUAUUCGUUUGAGCCUUGGAGUAUUAAGUGCCACAUGAAUAGUUUAUCAGCACAAUUUGCGCAAUUACGUUUACCAUCAACCACCACUCGUCUGCCACGGCAUUUGAAUGAAUUUAAAACUUUUAAAGCAAAUGAAAUGAGGAUAUUACUCUUGUUUGGCUUCGCAAUUUUUGCUAAAGUUCUAAGACCGACAUAUUAUAACCAUUUAUUGCAGCUUGUGGCGCUUAUGCAUGUGGUAGAGUCCAGAACUAUACUCAAAAUGCAUCUUUCUAUGAUUCAACAAUUGUCAUUAUCGUUUGUCGCUGAAUUUCGUGAUUUGUACACAUCACGCCAUUGCGUGCAAGUAGUGCACUCGGUUUUUCAUGUUUCAUCUACAGUUGAAGACUUUGGGCCAUUACCUAACUUUACCACAUUUAAUUUUGAAAGUAUAUUAGGUAAAAUAACUCGUGCAACGAAAAGUACACGUCAUCAUUCAGCCGAGAUCAUAUCUGGUGUUCAUCUAUAUCAAGGUGCUUUAACUCAUCUCAACAAAUCAUCAAUUAAUAAUUGCUUAGCACAGUUUCUUUCAUCUCACCUUGGCUAUGCAGGUCAAAGCUUUCAUCGUGAUGUACAGGUGAUGCAUGAAACUGGAAAGCAGUAUACUCUUCCGUCUAUUUUAUUUCCUUCAUCAACCAUUAGAUAUUUUGAUGUGAUAUAUGUGAGAACUUUCCGAAUAACCACAACACAAUAUGCAGCGAAAAAGAAAGCAGAUGAUAGCAACAUCAUAUUUCGUCUCAAUAAUAUCCAUACAUUUGGGAAUGUGUGCUCCAUUUUCUCUGUCCAGAACAGACCACCAUUACUAUUGGUGAAAUAUCUUUCCAAGACAGAACCACUUUUCUGUAAAAUCAUCUCUACCAACGCAGACUUUUAUCUUCAAUCCGUCAGAUAUGGUGUGGAUUCAACAUCUCGAACAUGUGUAAUAGAAGCUGCUGAUUUUAUUGAAAAAUGUGCCUCCUUUCGAUCAUCUGACAGUACAUGUUACUAUUUUCGUUUUCCCACACUCACUCAUUCUUCUUAG